CAUCAUUCAGCACUAACUGCAACGAUGCUGUCAAGAAAUAUUUGUACAAUAUUUUUAUUUGUAUACAUAUCAAUAGCUAAGUGUGAAGAUGACAAAGAUGGAAAUUUCACAGUUAAAUAUAAAAAUAAAUCGGAAAUACAUUUUAUAAUGAAUGACUCUAAUGCAUUGUUGCUCCAAGCACAGCUCGAAGCGAUGAGACUUGAGCAGAGAAACCUAUUUGCAGAGCUUUCAGCGAAAGUAGACAAAUUGAUGGCAAGCAACUUGCUGUCAUCUCAGUUUCCUGAUAGUUGUGCUAAAGCAACGGCAAUGAGUCGACGUAGUGGAGCUUAUCAGAUUGUUAUUCCGGACUAUAGUGUCCACCCCUUCAUAGUUAGCUGUGAUGAGGAUACGCAGAACGGCGGGUGGCUCGUCAUACUGAGGCGUGAGGAUGGAAGCCUUAAUUUCUUUCGCUAUUGGAAUGACUAUAAAAAUGGCUUUGGCAAUGUGAGUGGUGAGUUUUUUAUAGGCCUGGAUAAGUUGCAUCUUUUGACCAAAGAGAGGAACCAGGAACUGCUCAUCAGCAUGGAAGACUUCAAAGGCAACAAAAGGUAUGCAAAAUACACUCAAUUCUCCGUUGGCAGUGAACAAAAUUUAUAUGCCUUACAAACCCUGGGCGAAUACUCCGGAGAUGCUGGCGAUUCUUUGAGUCCACAUCUGGGCCAAAAGUUUACAGCACGUGAUCGAGAUAAUGAUAAUUAUAGUCGAAACUGUGCAGAAUUGUAUACUGGCGGGUGGUGGUACGACAAAUGUCACUCAAGUAAUCUAAUGGGAAAAUAUAAUGAUAGCACUCAUGGAAAGGGUAUCAACUGGUUGCUGUUUUCCGGUCAUACUGCCUCGCUUAAAUUCGUGCAAAUGAUGAUAAGAAAUGUGCAAUGAAUCGAAAAGAGAAAUACUCUCAGUUUGAACGCUUUAUUGUAAUUUGAUUAAUUAAUUUAAAUCGUAUCUUUGCUUUUGAG